ACCUAUAUAUGUGGCGUAAAAAUCGGAAUAUGUUCUUUAUAUUUGAUGUUAAAGUCUAAAUCAAACCCAUCUUUUAGAUGCUUCCGUAAAAACAUAAAUUAGCCUGGAAUUUCUCCAGUUUGUUUACAGAUGGCAUCCUUGUUGCAUGAUGGAGAUGGGGAGGGGGAGGAAGAAAGCGAGUCAUAUGACAGUGGGGAGCAUUCCGGCUACCUCAUAAGCAACAUGGAACAGUUUCGGGUUGACAGUGGCUUUACUGACAUCACUAUAGAGGUCGAAGGUCAAAAGUUUGCAUGUCACAAAGUCAUACUUGCUGCUGGAUCACCAUAUUUUAGGUCCAUGUUUUCAUCUGGUAUGGAGGAAUGUCAUAAAAAUGUGAUCAAAAUGCAACAGUUGGGCAGCGACGUGUUUGAACAGGUUUUAAAGUUUAUAUACACUGGGAAGGUCAACAUUACAGCCGUCAUUGUGGAAGAUCUGUUUGCCCAAGCACACAUAUUUCAGAUACAAACUCUUGUUGGACUGUGUGUGGAUUUCUUCCAGAGAAGCAUGAAGGAGCACAAUUGUCUGUCAGCCUUGACACUUGCAGACAUACAUGCGCACAGACAGUUGUAUUUGUAUGCCAAAAACUUCUGCUGUAAUCACUUUCAAAGCUUAGUGCAUGACGAAGAUUUGUACAAACUAUCAUGUGAGUGUAUCACUGAUUUGUUAAAAGAUCGACAUUUAAACUGCGAAAAUGAGGAGCUGGUGUAUGAAACAGCAAUUAAGUGGUUAGAGUUUGAUCUUUCAGCAAGAAAGAGCUAUCGGUACAAGGUGCUUGACACCAUCAAGUUUCCUAUGUUGACUAAAACUUUUUUAAUUGACACUGUGUCCAAGACGCAGCAUGUUGUGAGCGAUGACAGAGGGAAGGAGCUUCUGGAUGAUGGGAUACUGUUUCAUACGAUACCUGCCCGACGCCAUCAGUUACCUCUGUAUCAGAUCACUCCACGGCUCAAUAUGCCGUUCUCGGAAGUUGCAAUAUUGUUGGGUGGAAGACUUGCAGAUGGUCUGAGCAAUGAUGUGGAAUGUUACAUUGCUGAUACAAAUGAAUUCUUCAAUCUUAAACAACUGCCAUUUAAAAAGAGAAAUGAAUUUUCAGUCUGCACUAUUGGUAAUGACAUUUAUGUGUCUGGCGGACUGAGGAGUGCAGAGUUCUGGAAAUACGAUCCAGUUUUUGACACCUGGUUAAGAGGACCAAAUUUGAUUCAUGCACGACGCAGACAUGGUAUGUCAGCUGUGGAUGACCAGAUUUUUGUGCUGGGAGGAUUUGAUGAGGACAACGUUCUCGCAACAGUGGAAUAUUGGGAUAUAGAAUCAAACAGAUGGGAGGAGGGAGGCAGCCUUAAUCAGCCUGUUGAGAACAUGGGGUAUGUUGCGUAUGGCAAAAAUCUUUACCUGUUUGGAGGUAAGAAUAAUGAUGAGGUGGUCACAAACUGUGUUCAGUGUUAUGACACAGUUACAAAGUCAUGCACCACUUUGGCCUGUGACUUGCCAGCUAAUGACAUGUGCCUUAGCGCUGUCGUGUUUAACAGUGAUAUUUAUGUAGUUGGAUUGGAAGGUGUGUUCAGAUUUUCUCCAGAUAGGGAACACUGGGAUAUCCUACCAGAUAUGAGUUGUGCUCGUGACUUCGUCAGUCUCGCUGUUCUUGAUGAGAGACUUUACGCACUUGGUGGUCGUCGCAGAGGAGCUAAAGACAACUUGUACACAGAAGUCAUUGAAUGUUAUGACCCAGAAAUAAAUAUAUGGCAGAAAGCUGGAACAAUGCCAGUUCCGAUGUAUUCAUAUGGAUGUGUGAGGAUAUUUCUGGGCAAAAAUACAAGUGGGAGAGGGGACUUUUCUCAGUCAAGAUGACUAGAUAAACAAUGUCAGGAGCUUUGGUCAGAACUUUCUGUACUGAUGUAAGUGGUAGUUAUGGUGAAAUUUGGUUGAAGACUGAUGUAACUAAUGGUCUGUAAUGGUAAAACUUUGUCUGCUUAUGUGCUAUAGCUCAGCUUGUCUUGAAGGAAAAAAAAACUGUGAUAAACUUAUAAUGUGUACAGAAAAUGCUGAUUUAUUAGGUAUAAAUUUACAUGGUAAAUUAAAUUUUUAUAGCAAACCUGCAUGUGGCAAUGUGAGGGUUGUGAUGAGAUGUCCCUUUUUAGUUAUUUUAAAAUCUUUAAGUUCUAUUUUAACUAAGUUUUUCAAAGUUAAAAGCUGGUUAUAAGAUUGCCAUUGUCUUUGGGUGGGUAGGCAGGCAGAUGGGCAGAUCUGUGGAUGAAUGUGUGGCAUCAGGCUUUUCAUUUCCUUUCAAUAACUUGUUUGGGUUGAGAUACUGAAAUGAAAAUUGGCCUAUAGGUAGCUUAAAUAGGACCAAGUUUGGGAUUGCUUUUUGGAUUGGUAGUCGUGGUCGCUGCUACUAAAAAUAGAAGGUCUCCGUUAAAAGAGUUCAGUUUGGUUUGAUGUAUUGCUUUUAAAAUUAUCGUUUGUAUACACAUGUAGGUAGCUUAUAGAAAAACCAAGGUUUGGAUUGCAUAUAUAUAUGGUCUGUUCGGUAAAGUUCAAAGUUAAUGUUUACUUAAUCUGCAUACUUGGAAAAUUCCACUGUGGGGCUAUGGUCUAAGGCAUUUCGCGGGCUUAGCGCAAAACAGUUGUAACUUAUAUGAAAUAAAGAAGGAGUUACAACCGUUUUGCGCUAAGCCCACGAAAAUUUUGUCAAUUUACCUUUUUAGGCUGUAGACUAUAGGAAUGCCCUCUGUCCGUCCGUCUGUCAAAGGUCAAGGUCACUAUUGAAGGUAGUAAAAAUUGUUUCUUCUCUAUAACUUUUUAUAUGCAUGGAUGAAUUAUCUUAAUUCUACACACAACUGUUCCCCAUGAUGAGACAAUUUGUCAACACAUGAUCUAUGCUUGUUGAUUAAAGGUCAAAGUCACUGUUUAAGGUCAAGUAAAAUUUUUUUUCUGCUCCAUAACUUCUAAUUGCAUUGAAGAAUUUUUAGCUCACCUGAGCACGAAGUGCUCAAGGUGAGCUUUUGUGAUCGCCCUGUGUCCGUCGUCCGUCGUCAACAAUUUGACUGUUAACACUGUAGAGGUCACAAGUUUGGCCUAAUCUUAAUGAAACUUGGUCAGAAUGUUACUCUCAUAAAAAAUCUUGGACAAGUUCAAUAUUGGGUUAUCUGGGGUCAAAAACUAGGUCACCAGAUCAAAUCAAAGGAAAAGCUUGUUAACACUCUAGAGGUCACAAUUUUGGCCCAAUCUUAAUGAAACUUGGUCAGAAUGUUACCCUCAAUAAAAUCUUGGAUGAGUUUGAUACUGGGUCAUCUGGGUCAAAAACUAGGUCACCAGGUCAAAUCAAAGGAAAAGCUUGUUAACACUCUAGAGGUCCGUUUUUGGCCCAAUUUUAAUGAAACUUGGCCAGAAUGUUACCCUCAAUAAAAUCUUCGAUGAUUUUGAUAUUGGGUCAUCAGGGGUCAAAAACUAGGUCACCAGGUCAAAUUGAAGGAAAAGCUUGAUAACACUCUAGAGGUCACAUUUUUGGCCCAGUCUUAAUGAAACUUGGUCAGAAUGUUACUGUUAGUAAAAUCUGGGACGAUUUCGAUAUUGGGUCAUCCAGGGUAAAAAACUAGGUCACCAGGUCAAAUCAAAGGAAAAGCUUGUUAACACUGUAGAGGCCAGAUUUAUGACUAUGUCUUCAUGAAACUUGGUCAGAAUGUUAAUCUUGAUGAUCUCAAGGUCCAUUUUGAAUCUGGGUCAUGUAGGAUUAAAAACUAGGUCACCAGGUCAAAUGAAAGGAAAAGCUGGUUAACACUGUAGAGGCCACAUUUAUGACCAUAUCUUAAUGAAACUUGGUCAGAAUGUUAAUCUUGAUGAUCUAUAAGUCAAGUUCAGAUCUGGGUCAGGUGGGUUAAAAAACUAGGUCACCAGGUCAAAUCAAAGGAAAAGCUUGUUAACACUGUAGAGGCCAGAUUUAUGACUAUGUCUUCAUGAAACUUGGUCAGAAUAUUAAUCUUGAUGAUCUCAAGGUCCAUUUUGAAUCUGGGUCAUGUAGGGUUAAAAACAAGGUCACCAGGUCAAAUGAAAGGAAAAGCUGGUUUACACUGUAGAGGUCACAUUUAUGACCAUAUCUUAAUGAAACUUAGUCAGAAUGUUAAUCUUGAUGAUCUAUAAGUCAAGUUCAGAUCUGGGUCAGGUGGGUUAAAAAACUAGGUCACCAGGUCAAAUUAAAGGAAAAGCUUGUUAACGCUCAAGGCCACAUUUAUGACUGUAUCUUCACGAAACUUAGUCAGAAUGUUAAUCUUGGUGAUCUUUAGGUCAAGUUUGAAUCUGGGUCUUGUCUGGUAAAAAACUAGGUCACUGGGUCAAAUCAAAGGAGAAGCUAUUUAACACUUUAGAGGCCACAUUUAUGACCAUGUCUCGAUGAAACUUGGUCAGAAUGUUAAUCUUGAUGAUCUUUAGGUCAAUAGUUCAGUUGAGCGAUACAGGGCCUUCAUGGCCCUCUUCUUUUGUGACCAGUAUGGUCAAGGUCACCAUUUCUAAAAAUAGAAAAUGUUCGAAAAACUUGGUUUUGGUGGAGAUUUUCAUUGUUGUUUUUUUAUAUUUGUAAUUUGUGAUAAGCAGUCUAGGGCUAUUAAAGGUAUUUUAUUUGGUAUUAGUUCUUGAUUACAUUUUAGAAUGGAUUUUUUUUUCAAAGCAGUUUUCAUUAAACUUUGCGAGUCGUAUGAAUUAGCAAUUUAUGUCAUUCUAAAUGUAUUAAGGAAAGUGUAGUUUACACAACUUAACAGUGUACAUGUACUACAUACAUUUAUGCAGCAAUUUUUAGCUCACAGUGUGAGCUAUUGUGAUCUUCCUUCUUCCAUCAUGGCCCUUUUACUUUGUAGACAUCAAUACACGAAUACAUAAUGGUCUCAAGAUGUUGGACAAGUUUGAAAUGGGCAAGAUUGCUGGAAUAACAUCAGAGUUGCUUAAAAUUGUUGUAUUUCACAUUCACUUUGUUGACACACAAGAUGCUAUAUUUCUUCAAAUUCUUGAGCACUUUCCAUAAAUGUAUAUAGCUGCUAGAUCUCAGACAAACAUGAUAACGGGAAAGACUGUUACAAUAACACCAGAUUUAUGACCCAUGAAUUUUUCAAAAUAGCUAGGUUUCACUUUGUUGUCAUGUUGUUUUAUUUUUUCUAGAAGUAUUUUAUAGAAAAUAAAACAUUCAUGCAUUUACCCACUGUUAUUCAGGUUCAGUCAGAAAUACUUAAAUGGCAUAGCAUAAUUUUGUUCUUUUUAGUGUAAAUUAUUAGCUAACUUGUGAUAUGUUCUUUGUAUGUGAUUUGUGAUAAUUAAAAUGUUCUUUGCUUAAA